AGGACAUUUAUUCUAAAAUUCACAACUCUUCUCCCGGAUGUUGUUUCUUCCUCCCAAUGGUAAAACAUACGGGACCUAUCAUUCAUUGUUUUCUAAAUGAAAGAUAUGUGUUUGAGACAGGUCAUAUUUCUGCUAGAUCGACAUUACUUGUAGUUUUUGGCUUGUAUGCUUACAGGAACACCUGACUGUUUAAUUCAGAAAUAACUAUACAAGACCCUUGUAGACGAAACAUUGCUGUGUGUGCUCAGCAAACAUGCCUCUCGGUCUAAAACCAUGCUGCGCUGUCUGCAAGACCAACUCUUCCUCCAUGUGGAAAAAAGGCAGCCAGGGGGAGAUUUUGUGUAACAGCUGCGCGAGUAAAAGCACAAGCAGCGGCGGCUCCGGAGCAUCUGCUUCCUCCAGCAUCCAGCAGAAUAACGGCGGAGGGAAACAGUCCAAACAUGAAAUCCACAGACGCUCCGCUCGGUUACGGAGCACCAAGUACAAAGCUCCAGCAUCGGAGAAGAAAGUCUCGACCAAAGGAAAGGGUAGACGACACAUUUUCAAAUUGAAAAAUCCUAUCAAAGCACCAGAGUCUGUGUCAACGAUUAUCACAUCAGAGUCCAUGUUUUACAAGGGCGUCUAUUAUCAAACAGGAGAUGUCAUUAAAGUAACAGACGAGGACGACGGUAAGCCGUAUUACGCACAGAUUCGUGGUUUCGUCCAGGACCAGUACUGUGAGAAAAGUGCUGCGUUAACUUGGCUGAUCCCGACUCAGGCCAGUCCUCGAGAUCGCUUUGAUCCUGGCACAUACAUUGUAGGUAAGUUCAUGCAGAAAUACUGUGUUUUUGUUCCUUGCUGA